GGGCGGGUCUUUAAAUCGCGUGAAGGAGCGCGUGUGUCUGAUUGAUUUGUUCUUUGUAGUUAAAGUUUACUGAGUAUAACUUUUCCGAAGAUAUCUCGACUGUUACUGUGAAUAUGGCCUGCUCACAGCUCGCAAUUUUGAGUGUGUCAGAUAAGAGUGGUCUGUUGGACUUUGCCAGAAGGCUGGUGAAUGUUGGACUGUCGCUGGUGGCUUCAGGUGGCACAGCUAAAGCCCUGCGUGAUUCUGGACUGGCUGUGAGGGAUGUGUCUGAGCUGACUGGUCACCCCGAGAUGCUGGGAGGAAGGGUGAAGACCCUGCACCCUGCUGUUCAUGGAGGCAUUUUGGCCAGAAACACCCCCACAGACACUGCAGACAUGGAGAAGCUGGGCUACAGCCUGGUCAGAGUGGUGGUGUGCAACCUCUACCCGUUUAUGAAGACUGUCUCAAACCCUGAUGUUACAGUGGAGGAUGCUGUGGAGCAAAUUGAUAUUGGUGGUGUAACUCUGCUGAGAGCAGCAGCCAAAAAUCAUAAUCGGGUCACAAUUGUGUGUGACCCUGCUGACUAUCCUCUGGUAGCCACAGAAAUGGAGAACUCGGGAGAUAAAGACACAUCUCUGGAUACACGCAGGACUUUGGCUCUCAAAGCCUUCACACAUACAGCACAAUACGAUGAGGCCAUCACAGACUAUUUUCGAAGACAGUACAGCUGCGGUGUUUCCCAGCUGCCCCUGCGCUAUGGCAUGAACCCUCACCAAGCACCUGCCCAACUUUACACCCUGCAUUCAUCCCUCCCCCUAAAAGUGUUGAACGGUUCUCCUGGCUUCAUCAACUUGUGUGACGCUCUGAAUGGCUGGCAGCUGGUCAGAGAGCUUAAGACGGCCCUUGGCAUAGCUGCUGCCACCUCCUUCAAACAUGUCAGCCCUGCUGGAGCUGCAGUAGGAGUUCCUUUACGUGAGGAGGAUGCCAAGGUGUGCAUGGUGCAUGACAUGCUGAAGGAUCUCACCCCGCUAGCCACAGCCUACGCCAGGGCGAGGGGUUCUGACAGGAUGUCGUCUUUUGGAGACUUCAUUGCUCUGUCAGAUGUGUGUGAUAUUCCCACUGCCAAGAUUAUAUCAAGAGAGGUGUCUGAUGGUAUUAUUGCUCCUGGUUAUGAAGAGGAAGCACUAAAAAUUCUGUCAACAAAGAAAAAUGGCAACUACUGUGUGCUUCAGAUGGACCCACACUACGAGCCUGACGACGCUGAAGUCAGAACACUAUUUGGUCUGUAUCUCAAACAAAAGAGGAACGGAGCAGUUAUUGAUAAGGAAUUCUUCAACAAUGUUGUCUCCAAGGGCUCGCUGUGUGAAGAUGCUGUGCGUGACCUCACCGUGGCCACCAUCGCUGUCAAGUACACUCAGUCCAACUCCGUCUGCUAUGCCAAAGACGGACAGGUCAUUGGCAUUGGUGCGGGUCAGCAGUCUCGCAUCCACUGCACCCGGUUGGCUGGCGACAAAGCUGAUAACUGGUGGCUGAGACAUCACCCACAAGUCCUGGGAAUGAAGUUUCGCAGUGGUGUGAAGCGAGCAGAAAUGGCCAAUGCUAUUGACCAGUACGUCAGUGGAACCAUUGGAGAGGGCCCUGAUCUGGCAGUUUGGAAGUCCAUGUAUGAAGAAGUGCCUGAGCCUCUGUCAGAUACGGAGAAGAAGAACUGGAUCAGCUCUUUGCAGGCGGUGGCUCUCAGCUCUGAUGCCUUCUUCCCCUUCAGAGAUAACAUUGAUCGUGCCAAACGGAGUGGCGUUGACUAUAUUUCAGCUCCUGCUGGCUCUGCUGCUGAUGAUGUUGUGAUUAAUGCCUGUAACGAGCAGGGCAUCACUCUGUUUCACACCAAAGUGCGCCUCUUCCACCACUGAGUGUCCAGACACUUUACCCGAUUGUCUAAAAGCUGAACUCACUAUCAUAAAUCAGGCAGCCUUUUUCUAACAUUAUGGUACUAAAACAUUCCUAAUUGUGUGUCUUAUGAAUGUGUCCGCUACCAGAUUCAGAAUAAUUUUGUGUAUUUGUGGUCCUACUACAGUGGGAUGGAUUGCCAAUGCAGGUCAACCAUGUUUUAGUAUUAAAGUCUCAGAAUUUCAAAGAA